GAAGUUUCUCAUUUCGGCCCUGGUCGGUCCAGUGUGGGAGUUUGUGUCGUCGCGCUCCGGCAGAAGCGGCGACGAUUUAACCUUGUUUUCAGGAAACCCGUUUCGCCUGUUCGUUUGUGUCUCGGCACCUGAAACUACCUUAAGUCUGAAAAUAGCUUUAAUUAAAAGAGAAAAAUGGACGCGCGUGUUGGUUGCCAGCAGCCAGCAGCAGAAAACUCCUUUCCAGCUGAAACAACAGAACAACCUACCAGAAUGACAAGAAUACAGAUUCUCACUUUAAUAUCUUUGGCAUCUGUUAAUUUCAGUUCAAUGAUCUGCUACUCUAUAUUAGGCCCCUUUUUCCCCAAUGAGGCUGUAAAGAAGGGAGCCAGUCAGACUGUGGUUGGUCUAAUAUUUGGGUGCUAUGCUGUCUGCAAUUUAAUAGGUUCUAUGGUGAUGGGAAGAUAUAUUGUCCAGAUUGGAGCUAAAUUUAUGCUAAUCGCAGGACUUCUUGUAUCGUCGAUGUGCACCAUCAUGUUUGGAUUCCUGGAUCGGGCCCCCGCGGGGGCCCCCUUCAUCAGCCUGUGCUUCAUAGUGAGGUCCGUCGACGCCGUGGGCUUCGCCGCCGCCAUGACCUCCACUUUUGCCAUGACGGCGAAAAUCUUCCCAAACAAUGUGGCGACUGUUUUGGGAAGCUUGGAGAUUUUCACCGGACUCGGGCUCAUCCUGGGGCCACCUGUGGGAGGCUGGUUCUACCACUCCUUUGGAUACGAAGUCCCAUUUUUGCUUCUCGGGUGUCUGCUUCUGAUUAUUGUUCCUUUCAACAUAUACGUGUUGCCCUCCAUUGAGGCCGAACCGUCCAAAGACUCAUUCUUCAGACUGCUCUUCCAUGGAAAAGUCCUGCUGUUAUGCUUCGUGAUGGGUACACUCAGUGCAGGGCUGGGGUUCAUUGAUGCCACCUUGUCACUGUUUGCCAUGAAAACGUUCAAUCUCUCAUCUGGCUACGUGGGACUAAUAAUGAUCGGUUUAUCCUUGCCGUAUUGCCUGGCGUCCCCUGUGAUUGGUUAUUUCACAGAUAAGUACCCUGGCACAAGGAUAGGAUUCACAGUGACGGGAGGAGUCAUCACCGCUGCUUGUUUCUUUCUGCUCGGUCCAGCGCCUUUCUUUCACAUCAAGAGUCAGUUGUGGUUGCUGGUGUUCAUGCUCGGCCUAAUUGGAUUUUCUCUGGGCAUGACUGCAAUUCCCACAUUCCCUGAGAUCAUCACAUGUGCACAUGAACAAGGGUUUGAAGAGGGACUGAGCACUCUCGGAAUGGUGUCUGGUUUGUUCGGUGCGUUUUGGUCCAUAGGGAUGUUUUACGGUCCUAUAGUGGGCGGCCUCAUCACGCAGCGCCUGAACUUUGAAUGGGCGGCGACGGUCCAGGGUGCCACGGGACUCUUAGCUGCCUUACUUCUCCUGGUUUACGCUCUCUGUAAGAGAAAUCAGCAAAGGCUGCAAGAAGAUAACCAACCAUCCGAUGAAAACACGCCUCUCCUAAACGGAUGAAUCCCUCCGCCUGACAUUAAAGGGAACAGCAGUGAUUCUUCUCGACACAAGGGAAAGCUUUUGUUGCGUUGUUCUUGCAACGGAAUUGUAACGUUUCCAGCGUUCGUUUUUUAUCUGGUGCUGCAGCGUACAGACAACACAACACGGCACAAGCUUCCAAGUGAUUCAUCCUGAAAGGAGAGCGGCGCUCUGGAAAACACGCAGAAAUCAAAGCGUCCGCCUCGUUGGUACCGAGAUCUUUUGGUGUUGGCGGUCUUAACAUUCUGCAGCACACGUCAGGAUCUAGGAUUCAGGAUCUUUAUCUUGUUUCACUUUCCUGGUUGUUUAUUAAAUUUAUUCUGAACUAUU